GUACUGCUCUAAAUUUAGCUGCAACCAACUUGUCAUUAAGUCCAAAAAGCUCCCCCACAGCAUGAUGCUUCCACCACCAUGGUGUGCUUUAAGAUGAAAAAUGCAGUGUUUUGUUCUUUUUUUUUCUCAUAAAGACAAAUAUUUUAAAGUUUGAUACCUUCGUCUGUCUGUGUUCUCUACAUGUGUGAUUGCAAAGGUUAUCCAGGAAUUCAGGUGAUUUUUUAUUUUAUUUUUUUUAGGUUUACGGGUUAUGAGUUCUACAUGGUGCUCAUGUCCUUUCGAGGUAGCAGGGGACUUGAGAUGGAGGGUGCACCCUGGACAGGGUGCCUUUCUAUCACAGGGCAACAAUAGAGACAAACAGGAUAAACUACUGUGUAUUCACAAAUGCACUCAUAAGGCCAAUUUAGAGACAAGAUACCUAACAUUCAUGUGAUGACUGGGUUGGGGAGGGAACUCAGGCAUGCACCAGGAAAGCACGCAAACUCCAUGCAUGCAGGCAGCAACUGGAAUUUGAAUCUCGACUUCCUUGCUGUGAAGCAAAAGCCCUAACAACUGCGUGACUCUUCAGUGGAGAAUCAUUUGUUUUAGAAAAGGAAAUAAAGUUGUCGUUUUGAAGGGAACUCGUUCUGCAAUACAAACCAUAAUGCCUGUUGCAGAUGUUCUCUUUCCAUCCCAUAAUACUUUCUUGUGUUCUCAUUCAGCUCCUUUGUUGUACGAUCUAUUGCGUAUUAUUAGUUGAGUGAACUUGUUUCCAACCGGGAUUUUAUGACGUUCUUUUGUGGCAGAAACCGAAUUUUGUUUCCGAUGGAAACAUGAAAGGUUUCCGUCGUGUAAUUCUCACCUUAACGGUUUGCACACACACAGAGAAACACCUCAGAGUGAUUAAUCCACCUCAGGGUUACAGUCAAACCGUACAUUUAAAUGGUGUUCCUCUCAAUCCAGCCAGCAAAUUUCUGCUACUGUUUUAAUGGUCUUGCUAACUUCAACCUGGCCACCUUGAUUCCUUUUAUCUUGCCCUUUUUCUUAAAGAAAAAAAAUAAAUAAAAAUAGACGGAGAAUAUCAAAGAAAACCUGCUUUUCUCACAUUUUAAAAAUUAUACAAAAUUGUUUCGACACAGCUGAUUCUGGAGAAAUGGUUUGAGAAGUAAUGGGUUUUAUAAACCUUUAAAAUUUGCCUCGCCUCACCUGACCUUAGCUUAACAUAAAUGUAAACACGCUGCAGCAUUCAGAAUCUCGUUAAGGACGGAUAUGUCAGGGCUCCUUUUCCAUCUCUUUCACAGAGAUGAUUUCCUUUCUGUAUUUGUUCACUGUCCGUUUUAAAUUCCAAACUAUUUUUAAGUGUUCUUUGAAUAAAAGUAUAAAUUUAGCUCUAAAUGUCAUUAAAAAAACAAACAAACAAUUAUUUAUGUACAAAAUGUGUGUUUCAGUGAUUUUGACAUUCAAAUAUCCAAAUGUGUGAAUUAUUUAAUUACACAUAAGUAUUUUUUUUCCCCCAUUCAUGUAAUUGGAACUACCUUCUGACUGGUUUCGUUUGGCACUGCGCAACAUUCAUCCAUUUAUUUCCCAGGUUUUUUGUGGCGGGCCAUCUCGCUCAUCAGUCAUUCAGCAGCUUAUCAAAUAAAGCAUGACAGCUGCAAGUAGAACACAAGAUUAUGUGGGUGUUAAUCUAAGAGGCAUUACUCUGGUUCCUCCACCUCCUGCCAUUUAAGAGCUCAGAUUUUCUUAUGUAACAGCAGGAGCCGYGUCUAGGCUGAGAGUAAAACUGUUUUGUCUAGGUCUGAAGUGUGUGUGCCCGCUGUGCGCCAACUACACCUGUGAGACGACCGCAGACGGAGCCUGCUGGAACUCUGUGAUGCUGAUUGACGGGAAGGAGGAGACGGUCAAAUCCUGCAUGUCCCCCUCCCAGAUGAAGGGUCAGGUUUUCUGCUACAGCUCCAAAAACGUCUCCAAGAGGAACUGUUGCUUCACCGACUUCUGCAACAAUGAGACCCUGCACCUGCACCGAGAGAGGCCUUCAGAGGAGCCGGGCUGGAGUAGACUGCAGCUCAUGGUGGUGAUCCUGGUGCCCUCCUGCUUGCUGUGUGUGGGGAUCCUGCUGGGGGUGUGUGUCGUGCAGGGACACCGUUGUGCCUACGGCAGAGCCCAUAAGCAAGACCCCGAGGACCCCCUGGAUGAUCAGAUGCUUAUGUCUCCUGAUAAAUGCCUCAAAGAUCUGAUUUAUGACAUGAGCACAUCUGGCUCAGGGUCAGGUCUACCACUACUGGUCCAGAGGACUAUAGCUCGGACCAUCGUCCUGCAGGAGACCAUUGGGAAAGGUCGCUUUGGUGAGGUCUGGCGUGGCAAGUGGCAGGGGGAGGAUGUAGCUGUGAAGAUUUUCUCCUCCCGGGACGAGAGGUCCUGGUUCCGGGAAGCAGAAAUUUAUCAAACUAUCAUGCUCAGGCAUGAAAAUAUUCUCGGCUUCAUUGCUGCUGAUAACAAAGAUAACGGCUCGUGGACCCAGCUCUGGUUGGUGUCAGAGUACCAUGAGCACGGCUCCCUGUAUGACUACCUGAACAGGUACACGGUCUCUUUGGAGGGCAUGGUUGUUUUGGCUUUGUCUGUAGCCAGUGGACUGGCACACCUUCACAUGGAAAUCAUUGGCACACAAGGAAAGCCCGCGAUCGCUCACAGAGAUCUAAAGUCCAAAAAUGUCCUUGUGAAGAGGAAUGGAACGGCAGUCAUCGCAGAUUUGGGCUUAGCUGUUAAACAUGAUUCCAGCACAAACACCAUAGACAUAGCAUCUAACCACAGAGUGGGAACUAAGAGGUACAUGGCUCCAGAGAUCCUGGAUGAGUCAGUCAAUACGAACAACUUUGAGUCAUUUAAGAGAGCCGACAUCUAUUCGCUUGGCCUGGUGUUCUGGGAAUUAGCCAGAAGAUGCUCUGUAAGAGGACUUCAUGAAGAUUUUCAACUGCCUUACUACGACAUGGUGCCUUCAGAUCCAUCCAUUGAGGACAUGAAAAAAGUUGUAUGUGAUCAGAAACUCAGACCAAACAUUCCCAAUCAGUGGCAGAGUUGUGAGGCUCUGCGUGUGAUGGGAAAACUGAUGAGAGAGUGCUGGUAUGCCAAUGCUGCUGCGCGACUGACUGCAAUGCGAGUCAARAAAACCGUGUCUCAACUGUCUGCAAUCAAAGACAUCAAAGACUAGUUUGGCUUGCUGCCCUGCAGAUCAUGACUGGUGCUGGCACUGGUGUCAUGAGAUAAACCUGGAAAAAGCAGAAAUCCACUUUUCAGGAGGAAAACACGUUUUGUUUUUGUUGCCAAAGGUUUGUAUAAGUGGGGCAUCGGUGGAAGGUUUCUGCAAAGACAUCUAGGCACCUGACUUUCCUUUUUAUAGAAAGAGCCAUGCGACAUAAGUGUGAUUUUUUUUUUUUUUUUUUUUUUUUGCUACCUCAACAUUUGAAGUGCCCAAAGCUUGAAGUUGCACAUUGUUGUUUGUACCGUUGUUUUUUUCUGUUUGUUUGUUUGUUUUUUUGCUAUCGGAGUGCUGCUGGGUUGUUAGAUUGCUUAGUGACAAUCUCCGGAAAUAUCAUCUCAUCUUAAGUGUUUACUGACACAUACGGAUUUUCCCUGAAAAUAUGAAGUGUUUUUGCACAGGUAGAACAUCUCUCUUGUACAGAUUUUGCCGAAGGUUCUGUGAAAGGGAACAUAGUCAUACUGUAUAUUUAGAUAACGUGAGUCUAUCUAAGCCUUUUCAGAAUGUAAACAGUCGACUAUAUAUGAGUAUUUAUUAUAGCUUGCUCAGGAUGGAGAUUUAUUUUUCAUUGGGAAAAUAUAUGUUUUGUGGGCAAAUAAAGCAUUAGAGUUCUGAUCCUGCAUACUGGAAUAUGUUUAGAGUGACUAACAUGAAGGCUACCAAAGAGCAGGUUGAAAAGAAUGAACCUGGAUUGGUAAAUUAGUAGAAAAUAAAGACGUCACAAGGUUCACUUAAUUCAGUCUAUAUGUAUAUAUAUACAUUUUAAAUAAAACAUGGCCUGUCUGUAUUGACUUUAUGAAUGGUUCUUUGGUCAAUAUGUAACAGUUUGUGCUAACUACUUAGCAUGUAAAAGGCUAACGUUGUGCUAUGUGAACAAAGUUAUUCUCUUGUCUGAGCUGUAUUCAUUAACGCUGCCCACAGAUAUUAACCAUUAUACAGCAUAAUUGUCCUAUUUUACUGUUUCAUAUUUCACUCUGUGGAAGAGGUUCAGUGAAGUCUGAUUAUUUAAUUGUAGCCUGCAAUUCAAAAUGUGUUCAAUAAGUGCUCUAGAAUUUCUAAAAUUAGGCCUUAAUCUUUCAAAAAUAUAUAUGUAAUGUGUAUUUUAGCAAUUCAUUUGUUGACUGUUUUAAGAAUUCAGUUUUAUGGAAAAGGGGGAACAUAUUAAUUUAUAUAUUUUUGUACAAGUCUAAGACAAGGUACGGCCAAUCAAAAGUGAUGCAUAAUAAUGGGGUUUAUAUAGACUUAAUAGGAUAAUUAGGAUAAUUGAUGUUGCCUACAAAGCCUAACCAGCAGAGAGGGAGAAGUUACAAGGAUUUGUUCACCGUUGUGCUUGUGUGAAUCAAUGUGUGUGUGUGCGCAAGAGUGCCUGUUUUAGUCUCUGGUUGUAAAUAUUUUUAUAUUGUAUGAAGAUAUCUAUCAUUGAAUUAUGAAAUUAUAAAACUGCACCUAUGGGGAAAAAACAUAUGCUUUCCUUUUGAUUCAUUUCGUACUUUAGGCCCUGUUUGUCUGCUCAGUUACAGAUGGCAUAUAAGCUCCUUUAUAGCAGGGAAAGUAUUGAACAUGUAGAAUUUUUUUUCACAACGAACACAUUUCUUUUUGGGCUGUUUGACAUGAAAUUUGCAUCAAAUGUUGGCAACAGCCCAAGUAAUCCGUAAAUACAAACAAAUAAAAACAUGUAAGACCAGAGAGUGGCAUAGACAAGAAGUAUUGAAGGUGCUUACUGAAAUUUGCUCAAUACUUGGUUCAAUAGCCAUGUUUGUGUGGAGACAUAGCAGCUUUUAUUGCUCAGGUGUGUGAUUGAUUUAUUCUUACACAUAAAAUGUCCUUAAAACUUGAAGGUUUUGGGAUCGCCAUGCACAUGAUCUUUAGAUCUUACAAUAGAUUUUCAGUUAGAUAAAGUUUUGUGAUUCUGUCCAUCUUUCAGCUUGCUUUUUUUUUUUUUUUCCUCUGAUAACAACUGGGAGUUUCCUUGGCUAUGUGGUUAGGACCAUUAUCAUUCUGAAAAAUCUGGCCUCGUUUCAGAUUGCUUUCUAAUAUGUUCAGUCAAAUCCUUCCUUCAGAUACAGUCUGCCAGUACAACAUGCAGCAAAAAGCCCCACACCAUCAUGUUCCCUUCUUCAAGCUUCAGUGUCUGUGUUUUUGGUUGGACAUUUAUUGCCAUAGCUCCACCAAAUGUAUGUAUUGACAUCCAAUGAGAUAAAUGUUGUUCUCAUUUGAUCUAACACGUUUCCUAAUUUUUCAAUAGCUUGUGCUAGUGUUCUGCUGCACAUUUUAAACAUAUUUAUGCAGCAUUGGAGGCUUGUGCAGUGAGGCCAUGCUGCUUAAAUGCAUUGCUUAUUCACAGAGGGAAAAAAACAGUUUCUGCCAUUUCCAGGCCUUUCUGAUGCUUUCUAUGAGCAGUUCUGACUCUCGGAAAACUUUUCUCAUCAUUUAGUUUAACACAUCUGUCAGACAGUACAUAUUCUGAGGACCAGGUCAAUGGUGCUCAAUUGAGUAUUCAGAAGUUUCAAAAUCUGCCUUUGACCAAAGCUGUCAGGAUGUUUUGCUACAAUAAUGUAGCAAUGGUCUGGAGUGAGUAGACCAUAAAGUGGGACUCAAAAAGCUGAUGUAAUUUGCUCUUAAAGGACCACUUUCUAAAUACUAAUGACAUUCAAUUAUAUGUUUGACUUUCAAUGGCUUUUUAUGUUGUUUUUUCCCCCCCAAAAUUUCAAUACUUGUUCCCUGAUUUAUUCCCCCAUAUCACACAUGAUUUAUAGCCUUAUUUGAUUAGAUUUUAUUGCAUUUUUGCAUGGAUUACUAGGCUGUUUCCAAUACAGUCCAUAUCUAUAGCACUAUUACAAUUACAUAAACUAAUCUACCCCUCUCAACAUUCCCAUACACACACACAAACAUUGACAUAUUAAACAUUCUUUUUCCCCACAAUAGCAGCUCAGUAUGAAUGAAUAAAAGUGUGCUGUAACAGCAUCCAACCAAUAUGGAAAAUAUGAAUUUAUCAUCCUUAAUUUUCUCAAAAUAGUUAAAUUCAGCUGUGUAAUCAUUUCACUUUCUUGCAAAAGAAAAAGUGAACACACUGACAUUCUUUCUCUGCUGAUUAAACAUUGAACCUUUAUAUGCUUGUGCUUUGAUUUUAUUUCACUGAGUUGUGUUGAUUUUAAGCCAAUUUUACCUAUUGUGUCAUAUAUAAAUAUGUAUCAGAUUGCAAAAGGGUGAAAGUAAAGCAUGUGAGGUAUUUUUUAUUCCAAAGACGACUGAUCAGUAUGUGCGAUUUCUGACUAGUGUGUUUACUGUGUAAGACAAACAAGUAGCUUCAUUCAUUUAGAUUCGGUCUUCAUUCAUGUUAAUCGGUUGUUACUCAUUUGUGAACUUUGUACACUCUAUUUUAUCAUUUCUUCCCAGCACUAUUUAUUCUGUAUAAAAUGAUAUCUGUGUGUGUAAAUAAACUACUUCAUGUUCCGACUGCGAUGCUCUCAUAUUGCAAAUGUUGUUUCUGAAAGCUCAGAUUGUGCAAAACUUUGCAAACUGCUGCAUGUGAGGCAAAAAAAAUAAAAAUUUCCCAGAGCAACUUA